UAAGCUGGCGAACAUUUAAUACUUAUUAGCUGUCAUUGAGGAAGAGAAAACGUACUUUAGUAGUUGCUGUGUUUAUUAUGCAAAUAAGCCAUUUCUUAGAAUUGCGUUUAAUUUUCUUUAUUCUGCUGCUACCAGAUUAUUUCAACUGUGAACAAUAACCUUAAAAUUUCGCAUAACAAGAGAUAAAUAUUAUAAAAAGUAAAAGCGUUUAUAAGAAAAAUUAAUUUUAAUUCGAAUAUAUAUUUAAAGAUGUCCAUAAUAGCAAUAAAAACCGUAGAAGACUAUGAAAAAAUAAUUGGAGCGAAUGAAGUUGCUGUGUUAUUAUUUUCGGCCGAUUGGGCUGACCAGUGCAAACAGGUUGGAGAUGCUAUGGAAGACUUAGGUAAAAUGUUUGGAGACAAACUGCGAUUUGGUAAAAUAAUUGCUGAAGACUUCCCUGAAAUUUCUAUGAAACAUCUGAUUGAAGCCGUUCCUACGGUGAUAUUUUUUAAAAAAGGCACUGCAGUGGAUCGUAUAGACGGCGUAAAUAUUGCUGCAUUAACAACAAAAUGUAAAAACCUUGGAGCCACAGUCACAAGUGACAUACCUUUGGAAGAACGAUUGAAAACUUUAAUAAAUAAGGCACCAUUAAUGAUUUUUAUGAAGGGCGGUCGAGAUGCGCCACGUUGCGGCUUUUCUAAACAACUGAUAGCUAUUAUAACCGAAACCGGAUUCCCGUAUGAAACGUUUGAUAUUUUAACAGAUGAAGAAGUGCGCCAAGGUCUGAAAACAUAUUCGGACUGGCCUACUUACCCGCAGGUUUACGUGAAGGGAGAAUUGGUCGGAGGAUUAGAUAUCAUCAAAGAACUUCAAGCUAACAAUGAAUUAGAAAAGACUUUAAGGGGUGAAUAGAUUUAAUAAACGAACAAAUAAGACUAUUUUCACUCACAAAAAACCUCAAGUUUUUAUUUUUUAUUAUAAUAAAAAAUUGUGUUAUUAAAA